AAAACCCUACCCCAAAACCCUUUUUUCCUCCAAAAGCAAAAAUCUCAGUCAGACUCUUCCAAGCUCGAAAUUUUCAACAAUGGCUGAUUCGGAAGCGAAACCCAAAGAGACACACACGAUGAAUAAGAAGAAGAAGAAUAAGAGAAAGCUAAGUAGCCUCGAAGAAGGGGCCGAAAGACCUACCAAAACGCACCGUGUUGAACAGUUUGACAAACACUGCGAACAAAUAGAGGUGGAGCAGCUUGCUGAAGAGUUGGGACAGAGAGAGCUCGAAGAAGAAUCUCCAUGGAGGAACCUUCGGCUGAUUCUGUCGAUUCAGAACAAACAGCUCGAGCUUCACAAGAAGGUGGAAUUAGCCUUCCAUUUUGUGAAGAUGAGGGUCACAGAAGAAGGCAACAGUGCUGAUCAAGAUUAUGAAACUGUGAAGUUAUCCCGCUUGAUAGUCUUCCUUAAUGAUUGGGUCCAGUCAUUGUUGAUACCUUCAGAGAAAAAAUUGAAAGGUGUUGUUCAAAAACCUGAGGGUGAAGUUAUUGAGACAUGGUUAGAUAGUAGGUGUUGGGAGAUUUUCAAAUUUUGCUUGGAGGAAUCAUUGAGACUGCAAGUUUCUUUAAAUUUCUCACGGAACCUUUUACGGUCUAUUUUUGUAAUUGCAAAAAAUGCAGUAUCUUUAGUGAACAACACAUUGUUGAGUUCACAAGAGUCGUAUUUUAUUGGUGAAGGCUUUAAACUGCACAGUAUUGUGCUUGAUUGUAUCUCGUUAGUCUUCUCAUCCCAUGGUGGCUUGUCGAAUGAAAAUUUAGACUUGUGGAUGUCAACUGUUGAUGCAGUGCUUGAGCUUGUCCACAAAGUUUACGUAAAGAACCUUGAUAGUGGCAAUAUGGGUGUUUUUGCCAUGCGGUUUUCAUGCUUGGUGCUUGAACCAUUUGCCAUGUUUUUGAGGGUCCACCCAACUCGGAAAACGGGAUUUCAUGAUUUCAUUGAUAAACUUCUUGAGCCACUGAUGCAUUUGCUGAGUGUCUUGCAUCUUCAAAGUGGUGGAAGUAAUUCUCAUUGGACAGAAAACUUACUGAAGCUAGUUGAAGAAGUUUUGUUUAAUGGGUUGUUUCAUCCUAUCCACAUUGAUGGAUUUCUGAGCUUACGUGGUACAGAGAAGUAUGCAACAACCAUUGAUGGGGAAUCCAAAAACUCAAAAACUGUUAUUAAGAGUUAUCACAGACACUUAUUUGACAAACUGGAAAGAACCCUAACCGAAAAGAAGGUAUUGGCAAUGGGAGGCAUUGGAGAACUAUUCCGCUUGCUUGUUCAUAGAGUGAAAAAGUUAAAAGGAGUUUCAGUGCUUUCUGCUGAUACAAAGAUGAUAGGGAAAGGAGGAGCUUCAAGGAAUUUGGAGGAUAACUCAUUGGGUCAUACAUCUAAAUUGUAUUCUGGCAGUAGUAAUGUACAUCUAGACAAGAGUUAUAGUUCAAGUGGUUUCAAUGCAGACACACGAAAGUCGCUUUUUGAUUUUUUUGUACAGAUUAUGGAGCCUCUUUUGCUCAAUAUUAAUGCUUAUCUUCAAGCUAAACCGGAAGUGAGACCUGAGUUGUUGGAGGUUCAUGGCACACUCAAAUCUAUUAAUAAUUUACUUGCCAGCUUUAUGGAUGAAAAGGUUUAUUUAAGAACAGAGGACAACUCUGAAGGAGCUUGCUUUAAUUUCUUGAAGAAGGUUUAUGAUACUGUUAUUUCAUUUUCCACCAAUUUACUCUGGUUGUCAAAAUAUGAUCUAGAAAACCAGAAGCACAUUGGCACGUUAACUUUAUUAGCCAAUGAGGUAUUUGUUGCUGUAGGUUAUCUUCUGGAGAUUGAAUAUGAGAUUAUAGGGAAUGACUUGGUAAGCUUGUGGCUUAUGAUGUUUUCGUACUCAACUAUUGGCCUCUCUUUGGUGGAUGUGUUAGAUCAAAGCUCAUUAUCUUCCAAAAUAGAAGCCUUUGGAUGCCAACUGAUUAAUCUCUAUAGCCAGCUUCGCCAGGUGAAUAAUACUAUCUUUGCACUGUGUAAAGCAAUAAGGCUUGUAAUAUCACAUGAUGAUGGUGGUGAAAUAAAUUAUACCAGAUUUAUGGCUGCUUUACCUUCUGAAGCUUAUGCAAAAUCAGUGGGAAAUCUAUUAUCCUCCCAAGACUUUAAGUUUGCUGUUUGUAAUGCCAUUAAAUCUAUACCAGAAGGGCAAGCAAGUGGAUGUAUUAGGCAGUUAACAGAAGAUAUAUCAGAAUCUCUGGAAUGGAUGAAAGUUAAUUGUUCAGUGGCUGAGGGAAAUGAAAUUGGCAAUUUGGAGGUAAGUAGUCUGAAAUGUUUUGAUCAGCAAGCAGAACUGUUGGGAAGAGGAUUGUCUGAAUUGUAUACACUAGUGCUAGAUUCAGUGACUGUCACAAUUGGUAACAGUAACCUUCUUGGAGUUUCUGUCAAGGACCUGAUGACACUACUAUGUCCUUGCAUGAAUAGCCUAGUUGGAGUACAGCCGCUUACUGUCAACAAGUUUCUUUGUUCUGUCACAGGAAGAAAUUUUGAUGCCGGGAAUAAAGAUGAUUUGCUGAAAUUUGGAUUUUCCAGUUAUUGGGUCUUUGUGUUCUUCUUUCGCUUGUACAUGUUUUGCAGAAGCUUAUAUAGGCAAGCAAUCAGCCUUAUGCCUCCAGAUUUAUCAAGAAGGAUGUUAGAAGUGAUGGGCGAUUCAUCCACAGCAUACUCUGGAAAGGAUUGGAUGGAGAGGACUGAUUGGGAUGAUGGGGGCUACUUUUCUUGGAUUCACCAACCUUCAACUUCUCUUCUUGUUGUUAUACAAUCAGUUUCAAAUAUUUAUCUCCAGGAUAGCUCUGAAGAUUGCUGUCCUUUAAUUUAUGUAUUAAAUGCUAUGGCUCUUCAGAGGCUUGUUGAUUUGAACAGGCAGAUAAAUUCACUUGAGUACUUGCUGCAGAGUAAUGACAAUCUGGUGCAAAAAAUGUUGCUUGAUGAUGCUAGCUUGUCACUGUAUCGUAAAAGAAGUAGAAAGUGGGCAAGGUGCAUCUCUGUUUUGAGGCAAGAGGUGGCAGGUCUAACUGAUUACAUGAUGGGACAUCUACGGUUAGUGGCUGAAGGUCAACAGUCAAUCUCCUCUGAUGAUGCAACUUGUGUGGACACAUCUGCCCAAGCUCUUCUUGAAACUGAAGAAUGGGAUUUUAGUAUUUGUUCCAUGAACAAGAAGUCAUUGCCCACUGCUAUUUGGUGGAUCCUUUGCCAAAAUAUUGAUAUUUGGUGCAGUCAUACUGCUAAAAAGAAGUUGAAAUUGUUCCUCUCACUUUUAAUCCAUACUUUCAUUCCCUCUUCAACAAGCAGCUUUGUGAGGAUUGGAAAACAGCACAUUAAUGAACCCAGCCAGCUGAAGAAAGUCACCAUGCAUCAAAUCUCAUCAGAACUUCUAAGUGACUCAAUCUUGUAUGAACAAAAAUUUGUCCGCAGGUAUUUGGCAUCAAGGUUUUGCCGUGUAUUGGAGAAAUCAGUAUUACCGUUAUUUAAAGAUUUUCCAUCUGGCAAUGUUGAAUUGAAGUCAUCACCUCAUUGGCCAGAGGUUCUUGGUGCACUUGAGAAGUCAUCAGUAAAAGUUUCCGGGAGUGAACUUGUUACUUGUGAUUGUUUUUCAGAUUCAAAAUCGAUUGCUCAUUCAUCUGAGAAGCUGCGUACUGAGAUUUGCACUGAACAAAAAGCUUUACCCUUCACCGGCUUUAAUUUUACAUCUUGUCAUAGUUUACUUAAUCUUUUGUGUUGGAUGCCGAAGGGGUAUUUAAAUUCAAGAUCAUUCUCAGUUUAUGCCACAUAUAUACUCAACCUUGAAAGGGUGGUUGUUGGUAGCUUAUUGGAAUGUCAGGGUACAUUCUACUCACACAGGCAUCAUGACCUUUUCAGACUGUUUGUUUCUUGCCGGAAGGCCUUGAAAUAUAUAAUUAUGGCAGCUUGUGAGAAGAAGACAGAAGCUAGUCAAUCCUCAUUUGCUCCAAUACUCCUUGAAGAUUCAUUUUCUGCUUUGUGGCUUUUCAAGUCAGUAUCUCUGGUGGGUGAGCUUCAACAGGCAGUGUCAAAAGAUAUUGCGUCUCAAGUUAAAGAUUUGAUAUUUUCAUUGAUGGAUCACACAUCAUAUGUCUUCUUGACAUUAAGCAAAUAUCAAAUUAGUCAUGCUGUUCACUUCUUUCUCAAUGCCAAGAGGCCUUGUAAGGAGCAACCGUUUUCUGGCAAUGUCAACGAGCAGUGUAACUUAAUUGAAUCUAAUCCUUGUUUGGAUUCCUCCAACUGUAUUGAGGCCUGGAAUGAUGCAUUCCUUGUUGUCAAGAUGUUGAAGGAACAGGCACAAAGCCUUGUUAACUAUCUGAAAGAUAACCUUUGUACUGAAAAAGAGUUUCUUGGUGUUGAUGUUGUAAAUUUGAAUAAAUUUUCCUCUAUAGUUUCCUGCUUUAGUGGGUUUUUAUGGGGUCUAGCUUCUGCAAUUAAUGAUGAAGAUGCAAGAUUUCAUGACAAUAAAGCAAAAUCAUUAGGGUGGACACGUGAACAUGUCUUGGAACUCAACCUUUGUAUAAGUGUGUUUGAAGAUUUCAUCAAUCUUUUCUUACGUAUGUUCCUCAUUGAGGUUGAUCAACAGCCCAGAAGUUACUGUGAUGCACUAAAUCUUAAAAAGUCAGAGUAUGGCCCAGAUUUUUUGGAUGCAGAGGAGCGUCCACUGAAUGGCUCUGCCCAGGCUGAAAGUUCAAGUGGUAGACAGCAGCAAAAAUCUGGAGCUGCAAUGGCUUGCUCAUUGUCAUCUGUCAUUGAUGACAACUCUCGAAAAGCUAGUGUUAGAAGGUUCCAGUUGAAAGAUGCCAGCUUUGCUGCCAGUAUUAUGACUAAGGUGGAUUCAUUUGAUCUUCAAGUUAUAAAUAAGCCUUUGUUGCGAUGCUUGCUGAAAGGUGAUUAUCCUGAAGUAGCAUUCUCACUCAGGCAGCUAUUAAUUGCUUCUUCAGCUAUAUUGAGGAUAAAAUUGCAGAUAAAUAAGAUUUCCUCAUUGUCAAGCUUGGUGCCCUGUCUUGCUGGCAUUUCACAAGUCUUGUUAUUGGAAUUAGUGGGUAUGGUCGACAUUCCAAACACAUUUUCUUUUGUUUGGUUGGAUGGUGUUCUAAAGUAUCUGGAAGAGUUGGGAAAUCAUUUCCCUUCAGAUAAUCCUACCUUAUAUGGAAAUGUGUAUGCCAGGAUGAUAGAGUUACACUUAAGGGCUAUGGGAAAAUGCAUAACUUUGCAAGGAAAAAGAGCCACUCUAGCAUCUCAUGAGACAGAGUCAAGUACUAAGACACUCCAUGGUCAUAUAGGAUUCUCUGAAGCAUCUCAUCUUGGGCCACACUGCUUGGAUGAAUUUAAAGCAAGGUUGAGAAUUUCAUUUAAAAUGUUCAUAAAGAAACCAUCAAGACUGCAUCUCUUAACUGUGAUACAGACUAUAGAGAAAGCACUAGUUGGAGUCCGGGAAGGAUGCAUGUCAAUCUAUGACAUAACUACUGGAAAUGUAGCUGGUGGAAAGAUUUCCUCAAUAGUUGCAGCUGGAAUUGAUUGCUUUGAUUUGGUUAUUGAAUUUGUUUCAGGACGCAAACAUUUGGAUGUGGUGAAAGAACACAUUCAGAGCAUACUUGCGGGUUUGUUCAACAUUAUUCUGCACUUGCAGAAUCCUUUAAUAUUCCAGAGAUUUAUGCAUGAUAAAGGCAACACUAAUCCAGAUUCAGGAUCUGUCAUUCUUAUGUGCAUUGAAGUACUCAUAAGAAUUUUUGGGAAGCAUGCUCUUUUCCAAAUGAAAGCCUGGCAUGUAGCUCAGUCUUUACGUAUACCUGCUGCACUUUUUCAAGAUUUCCAUCAGAUUAAACUUUCUGAAGCUUCCAUUUCAUCUCAUUCUUCCUUGAUAUUGGAUAAUGAAAUCUCUGAUCGACUAGCAAGCAAGGAUUUAAGUGUUGUAGAUCGGCACUUCUCAAUUGACCUAUUUGCUGCAUGUUGUAGAUUAUUGUAUACCGUUCUUAAGCAUCACAAGAGUGAGUGCGAGCGGUGUAUUUCUCUACUCGAAGCCUCUGUUUCUGUUCUCCUUCAUUGUUUGGAGACUGUGGAUACCGAUUCAAUUGUCAGAAAAGGAUAUUUUUCGUGGGAAUUAGAAGAGGGAGUAAAAUGCGGUUGUUUUCUUCGAAGGAUUUAUGAAGAGUUAAGACAGCAAAAAGAGUCCGUUGGCCGCCAUUGUUCUCAGUUUUUGGCAAACUACAUAUAUGUUUAUUCAGGCUAUGGCCCCCUUAAAACUGGCAUCAAAAGGGAAAUAGAUGAAGCUCUCAGACCAGGUAUAUACGCUUUGAUAGAUGCCUGCUCAGCAGAUGAUCUUCAGUAUCUUCAUACAGUAUUUGGAGAGGGUCCUUGCAGAAACACACUAGCAACUUUACGACACGACUACAAACUGAAUUUCCAGUAUGAAGGAAAAGUCUGAUCUACUUCUCUUUUGCUCUGGCUAAAUAUGUUGGCUCAAAUUUACACAAAUUAUUUUACAUUAUGAAUACUGGUUUACAAUUUUACCUUUGUGCUAUGGAGAAGAAAAAAAAUGUGAAAGAAGCAUAGCUAACCCUAACUAGUCUGUUGAGGAUCUAUAGAUGAUCCCAAAAUGUUGGGACUAAAGUUUGGUGGUGGUUGUUGUAGCUUCCUCAUGGAAGUCCAAAAUUACACAGGUUGUAGGUUUUUAUAUUGUUGCAAUUUUUUGGGGUUUUUAAUGUCGUUUGAAGUGUACAUAUGAGAGAAUUACUGAGUUACCUUGUUUCUGUUGUAACCUUUCAAGUAUAAAUGGCUUCAGUAGUGUUGUAAAGUGCAUUCUUCUUUUAUAAAAAUAUCAAUUUUUUGUUAGUA